GAGAGAGUUCCAUAUAAAAGCUCCCGCAUCCUCCUCAGCCUCUGACACUCUCUGUUUGAACGAUACAGUGUCUCCUCUUCCUCCUCCUGCUCCUCCUCCUCCUCCUGUGUUUUCUCGGAAACAUUUUCCUGCAGUAGAAAUUAAAAUUCUCGUCUAUGGUUCUGACUCAAGCCUCCAAAAUGUCCCGGACCGAUGAGGUGCACCGUAUAACGGAGAAUGUCUAUAAGUCCAUCAUGGAGCAGUUCAACCCUUGCUUGAGGAACUUUGUUGCCAUGGGGAAGACUUAUGAGAAGGCCCUCUCCAGUGUGACAUUUGCAGCAAAAGGCUACUUCGACGCACUGGUGCGGAUGGGAGAGCUGGCCAGCGAGAGUCACGGCUCUAAGGAUCUUGAAGAGGCAGCAUGGGAUGUGCUUUUUCAGAUGGCGGAGGUUCACAGACAGAUCCAAAUGCAGCUAGAGGACAUGCUGAAAUCAUUCCACAAUGAACUACUCACAGAACUGGAGAAAAAAGUGGAAUUGGAUGUUCGCUAUUUAAAUGCAGCUCUAAAGAAAUAUCAGAUGGAACACAAAAGUAAAGGAGAGAGUCUGGAGAAGUGCCAGGCCGAACUGAAGAAACUGCGCAGGAAGAGUCAGGGCAGCAAGAACCCCUCCAAAUAUGGAGACAAGGAGAUGCAGUACGUCGAGACCAUCAGCAGCAAACAAAAUGAGCUGGAUAACUACAUCUCUGAGAGCUACAAGAACGCCCUGUCCGAAGAGAGACGGAGGUAUUGCUUCCUUGUUGACCGUCAAUGUGCAGUGGCCAAAACGAGCAGCACCUACCACACCAAGGGCAGAGACUUGCUAACGCAUAAGAUCCCAUUGUGGCAACAAGCAUGUGCCGACCCAAAUAAACUCCCGGAGCGGGCGAUGCUUCUGGCUCAGCAGAUGGGCUCAGGAGCGGUGGGGACGCUGGGACACCACACCUCUAAAUCUAACCUGACCAUCUCAGACCCCAUCCCUGGGGCCAAGCCACUUCCUGUGCCACCUGAGCUUGCAGCUCUCAUGGGGAGCCAACAGACGAGGAUGAUGGGAGCAGAAUGUGUACCCAUAAUGAAUGGAUCAGGGGUCCAUGGAGGAGAAGAUUACCAACGCUGGAUGGAGACCAGAGCCGCACACGAGAGACCGUCUGCGCAGUCUCACAGACACGGUGUAGAGACCUUCUCCAAUACCCUGCCUGUCCGCAAGGUUGCUCCUGCAAAGCCCAAGAACACUCUGGCAGAGACACAGACCCUGCCCAGGUCAAGCUCGAUGGCAGCUGGGCUGGAGAGAAAUGGCCGGACACGCGUUCAGGCCCUCUUCUCCCAUGCCGCCGGGGACAACAGCACUCUCCUCAGCUUUAUGGAAGGAGACAUCAUCACACUGUUGGUGCCUGAAGCCCGAGAUGGCUGGCACUACGGUGAAAACGAGAAGAACAGAAUGAGAGGCUGGUUCCCGUUCUCUUACACUCGUGUAAUUCCCGAACCAGACAGCAACAAACUCCACGUCAGUUUGCAGCAUAACAGGAGCAGCAGCACAGGAAAUCUUCUGGAGAGAGAAAUGGCGUUGCCAACACCUGAUUACGGCAUGCCCGCACGCUUCCUCGCCCAGCAGCAGAGCACACCACACAGCCGACAGAGACCGUACAGCAUGGCUGUGCCAGGAUUCUCACAACAAGGGCUGGAGGAGUACGAGUCUCGUUUCCAAACAAGCCGGAGCAGACGAACAUAGCUGACGUUUCUGAAGGUCUAGCCCAAACAUAAGUGCCGAGGGCAAAUUGAUUUCGACAGUGUGAGAGGACAGACAGACACACAGACACCACCCUCCCCUCCGUCCACACUCACUUCCCUGUCUUCCUUUAUCUCUCAACAAUCCAUUCCCCUUCACUCCACCCUCAGAGGAAGAGGAUCUAGAUCCACCCUUUCCUCCUUCUCUUUCCCUUAUUUUAUCCAAGUUGGAAGCAGCCUAAUGGAACCGGAAUGCUGAAUAUUCCAUGUUGACCUUCCUCACCAUACGUUCCUAUCAUAAGGAUGUUGAACUUUUUUUCAAUAAACACGUUAAAUUGUCUAUAUGUAUCUCUUGCCUGUCUUUCAUGCAUGUACAUGUCAGCAAUGUAUAAACUAAGUGCAUCACUUUUGCCAUCGAGGGGUCCAUGGAUUUAGUUUUUACCAGAAAAUGGAAAUUCUUUCAUCAUUUGCGUAACUUUUUUCUUCUGUGGAACACAAAAAAAGCUGAUUUUUUUCCUUAAAAUGAAAGUGAAUGGACCUGUCCAGCAAGAUUUUCUUUUUCUGUGAUUGUCUGUUCCUCAGACAA